AUGUUUCAGAAGUAUUCGCAAUCUGCACGUGCCAGGAUUAUUUCUGACGCACUAGCUCUUGCUGAAGCUGGACAGCUACCGUAUGAGACUGCGCUUGGGGUCAUUUCCUACCUUCCCAAAGAAAUGGACUCCUUGCCGUGGUCUGCUGCUGUGAAAGGUUUGGAGAAUCUUUACAAUCGCGUGUCGAACACAGAUCUCGAAGAAAGUACCAAG